AUGUCGGCGGGACCCGGCGGCGGGACGCGGCCCCGUAGCGCUACGAUAGGCGAUUUAAUUGAGGAGAGAGUAGGCGACGCUUUCGCCGAGUUAGCGGCAGCAGAAGUUAAUGUGAGCCGCCGCUCAGUGGGAGGCCGCCCCGCUAUAGCGAAGGCGCCCGGCGUCGCGUACGACCGCUGGGGACCUGCGGUAGACGUGACCGCUCGGUACCCUGCCCCCUCCAUAGGGUGCGGGCGCUCCACGCCGCCGCAGCCGCCGCAAAACACUGCCUACCAUAUUUCGAGUCACGUG